AGGUGGCGGGAGGUGGCUUCAGGUGAGGGAAGAGGGCGGCGACGUGUCCAAAAAUGGAUGAAGUAUGUGAGCAGGUAAACUCACUCCGGAGAGUCCCUUCCUGACGAAAACAGAUGUUUUUAAGACAAGCCGUCGCCAGUCGCACGCAUUCAACGACUACUACAAACUAACACGGAGCUCUGAAGACUCUGUGUGCGGGGACGAGCCAUCUCACUAUGGAAACAAAGACAGAAAACCAAAGGCCCAUUAACGGCCAGUUGAUUUCAGUACCUCACAGGGAUACAAUCCGCCUGCUGGAGGUUUACGUCAAGCGCAGCCUCAGCCUAAACGAUGGGGCGCUGGGCGAUAAGAAGGCUGAGAAGAAAGAAAAGUGGGUGACAAAAAGGAUAAGACGACAUUCCAGCGACCCUUCCCUUCACCUGGCCGAGGGAUUAAACUACAGGGAAACUGUUACACUUCCUGUGGUCGAACCUCCCGCAAAUCAGCCUAAAAAACAUCCUGAAGAAUCAGGGAAAACGAGCAAAAAAUCCAAGAAGAAUAAGAAACCCUCGUUUUGGAAAGUCAUAGUUGGCUUUUUCUCUCGGAAGUCUAAUGAGGACAAUGACGAAGCGCAGGACAGUCCUUCAGUGACGGCGAAGGACUCGGCAGCGGAAGAGGUCUCUGAUGCUGCGCCCGCCUGCCUGCCUACAACUCCAGUCACUUCGCAGAGGAAGAAGUCCAUGAGAAGAAAGUCCAUAAAAAGAAGGUUCUCCAAAAGGCGACUAUCUCUGAUCAAACCAAAUAAACCUGACAUCACAGAAAUUGAAGCUGUCGUCAGCGUAGAACCGACGUACUUAUACUAUGAGAAGGUGUCAGAGGAACUGGAGAAAAUUGUCCACGAGGUUAAAGAAAAAGAGGAAGAACAGCGUCUCUCAGAUGAGGAAGUGAUCAACAGGAUCAUUGCUUUGACAAAGGAGCAGGGUGACGCCAUAGACGACAAGCUGAGAGACAACCCCACCCUGAGCAACUUCUUCCAGCGGAUGUCGUACUCUUCCUUCCAGAGGCUGGCCGAUGCUUACCUAGAAAACGAAGCAACACCGACCCACAAUCCUCCCACCGUCCUACCGACAGCACCUGAGCUUGUCAAGCUGGCCUUUACGCUGGACUUCACAGCCAGGAUAGCCGGGCUCUCCAGGCAGAAUAUAGGUCACAUUACCUACCUGGGGAACCGUUAUCUACAGGACAGAUUUGAAUAUAAACAGGCAUGUACAGAUCAUCCAUGGUCUGACAGUGAUGACUGAAACAUAGCUUUGCAGGAACACCACAGAUGUGGUUAAGAACGUGUUGCAAGCAUCAGUUCCCUUUACAAACAUUUUUUUUUUCAAGAUCAGAGGAGCUGCCUGACACAACUUUUAAGCCCAUGUACAGGCACAGAAUUGUUGCCAUUUUCAUUUUUAAACUGAAACUGUUUUUAUGUUAGAGAAAUUGUGUAAUUCUGUUGCAACACAGUGUUUGCUGUGAGAAACAAGUUGAAUGUCUUUGGCAGAUGCUUCUCUAAAGUGAAGUGCUGACUAACGCCUUUGACGUGACACAUCAACUUAAAUACAAAAGUAAGCAGUCUUAAAACAUGUGGCGAUAUUUCAGAAUCACAGAUGGCCGAUUCUACUAAUGACUCUAAAGAUUUUGAUAAAUCCAACACUGGAUGAGACAUUUUCUGCACAUCGAUUUGUAAUAUCAUGACAUAGCAAUGCAAUAACGUUUCAUGUAUAUAAGCUACACAACUGUGCAAUAUGGUUUUUUUUGACAUUUCUAGGAUUUAAAAAUUAGUAAAAUGUAUUUAAUAGAAACUAAAAUGUGAAAUGAUGUUAAUGUUUGUUGAUAUGAGUGCUGGCAUUCAUAUUACAUUCUCAAAUAAAAGAUAUUUAAUUCACUGUGGAAACUGUAAUUUCCUUUGUCAUUAUGAAACUAUAUAUCAAUGUCAAACUUUAUUCUUUGUUAACUGGACUUAUAUCUCCAUAACUGUGCAACUCUUCACGGUAAAUAAAGCAAUACAAAAUCAAGUCUUGCUAAGACAGGCCUCACUAUUGGCACUCUCAGCCUCAGUCCACCAGGAAAACAAUCAUCAAGCUCAGACAUUUUCAUUCCAAGGAAUCAACUUCUCCAUUUACUGAGGGGAAGGUGAAAUCUAAUGGAAUGAGAAGCGUCAAACAGCUGCAGGCUAAUAUGUAGUGUCUUGGACUUGUUAAGGAAAGUCAAAGACUUGUGGAUGUGAAUACCUCUUUUUAUGACUGGUGGCGCUAUCGUUGGGGUCCAGCGCCCUCUUGAGCUCUAAGGCAGAGUGUCCUUGCCUGGGGUCUGUAAGUUCAAUUUAAAAGCAGUUAAAAAAAAAAGAAAAGGAAAGGACACAAAAUUAUAUUUAUUUUUCAGACUUUUUCGAACCAGUGACAGAGGUCACAAGUAAACACUACCUCGUGUUACGGGGUGAGCACCGAAGAGGUUGGUAAGCACUGCUUUAGGAGAUAUCAUGUAGUAAUGUAGGGCAAGAAGGGUGGAGCAAUUGACAAGACUUUGACUCUGCCACACCUCUGUACGUACGGAAGCAUGUAUUUUUCUUUUUAAAAAGCACAUUCCUGCAACAACCUAGACUGAAAUGAACAUGUCAUGACAACAACUGCUGACA